CCGCUGUCAGCCCGUCCGUUCGUCUCCCCAUGCGCCAUCAUUGCGCCGCCUGACGCGGCGCGCCCUCGAGUGGCCACGUCGCCAGUUCCCUUCCUUCCUUGCCUUUAUAAAGAGCUCCACCCAAUUCAUUUCUUCACUUCUUCUCGCGCGUCUCCUGAGUUUCAUCGGUCAAGCUCCUCUCUCUUGUCUUCCCAGCCCUCCGAGCCAAGUAAGCUCCUUUCUCUUCUUUAUUAACUCUUAGUUUUCGUUCCCGGUCAAUGUCUUCUUCUGAUAGUCAGGGUAUUUCUUCCUCGGAUGCCUACGCAUCCGAGGAAUCCUCAACCUCCUCUUCUUCGACCAGGUCUUCUCUAUCCGGUUUUGAAACCCGGUCGGGCCCCAACACCACCGUCCCUGAACCGCAGCCUGUUAACCAAAUGCCCGGUCAGGUUUUUCAGGAGAGGGAUGAACCGGUUGAUGAUGAGCCGGCUUCCUAUGACCCUGAUAACGAGUCAUAUGAGGGAUGGGUGAACCGGCUGGAAGCGGCCGGUUACUUUCCCCUCCCCACUAGCUACCCCUCAGACAUUUUCCCCCAUGUUUCCAAAAUUGCCCAAAUCAAGGUUCAUAUGAAUCUCCCGGAGGGGUAUGUCCUUGAAUUCGACCCCAGCUGGACGAACAUUAUCAAGCCUCACCGGGAUGAUAGAAUAGGCUUCCACAUCACUUCUUUGGAGAGUGGCACCGUCUUCCCCCUCCGUCCCCUCCUUGUCGAGUUGUGCCAUUGUUUUAAAAUCCUUCCCGGGCACAUUACGCCCAACGCCCACCGUUUCCUCAACGCCUUUCUAAAUAUCUGCGUUGAACUUAAGAUCGACCCUUCCCUUCGCCUGUUUCUCUUCUUGUUUGAAGUCCUUCCCGGUAAGUUGGGAUGCGACGGUUAUGUCUAUUUAAAGGGCCGUAACGGCCGUCAAUUUAUCUCCGACCUUCCACAAAGCAACCGGCAGUGGAAGGAAAAAUUUGUUUUUAUAAAAUUUCCUUCCAUUUCUCCUCUGGCUGGCAUAAAGUGGAACGAUCACCUCCUGAAACUGCAAUACACUGAGCCAGCUAGCGCUCCACACUUGGAAGAAAGUUUGGAGAAACUUUUACAAGGGGACCCGUUCACCGGGAAAAUGUUCCAUUACGGGGCUUGGAUUUGGAGAAUCUCACCGGGUGGCACGGGUACCCCCAGGGCUGAUGAAGCAGCGGGGCACGGGGUACCUGCUCGGGCAACACUGCGGAGGCUGGUGGCUCCAGUGACCCAGGAACUGGUAGAGAUCCAUUCUGAGGAGGAAACUCCUCCGACCGGGAGGACCGGUCAGGCCGGGAAGAUCACGGUAAACCCUCCCCUAGACAAGGGGAAGGGGAAGGUUCGAACAAAGCACGCCGCCACCACCCAUCCCUCGGCGAAGAGGAGGGGAGAAAACGUCCCGGCCACAGAGUCGUUAGAGGAGCUCUGGGUCAAGAUGGGGCGAAAUCUGAAAGAGAUGGGCGAAGUUAGGCCUCAGACCUUGGAGAGGCUUGCCGGGGACUCCCCUUCCGGGUCACUCCAGCUGGAGGAAAAACUGAAGAGGCUUGAAGCUCAGAACCGGGAGCUUCAAGACCUGACAACCCGGCAACUUGACGAGAUGGCCAACCUCUCGGCGGUUGCCGGUAGGGCGAACGCGGAGGUCCUCCAGCUGAAAGAGGAGUACACGUUGUUGAUGGGGGAAGUCUCCCACCUAAAGGAGGAGGCAUGGGUGAAGGAGCAAGAGCUGCCCGGUCGGGCCAGACAGUGGAUGGAGGAGAACCUGGUAGAGGCCGCCCGGGUGCUUACUUCCUCUGAGGAGAGGACAAUGGAGGGCUUCAAGCUUCUGUACCGGGAGGACCAUGGGAAGGAGAUGAUCACCCAAAUCGGCUCCUAUGGUUUCAUGUCGGGCCAAAAAAAAGACCGGGAGGCCACCCAUGCGAUCCUUGCUGACCGGGACCCGGACUUCGACGCUGAUUCAUACGGCCUGGCCCCCAUCCCGGACGAAGAACCUGCACCUCCUUUUCCUCUCAAGUAAUCUUCCCGGCUGCGACCGGUUGAAUCGUUCUGUAAAACUUCAAACUCACUUCCCCGGGAAUGCCCGGUGUAGCUGUAAAACACUUAACUUUCUCUUUUUUUAUUGAAUGCAAUGUCUGAUUUCCAUACCGGUUGAUCUUGCUUCUUGAUCGAUAUUUUCAUUUUGCUCCUUAGAAUGUCUUCGUAAAAAUUCUGACCGGUUACACUUUCCUAUAAUCGAAAUAAACUGGUUGAACUCCA